CCGGUUUUGCUCCUCACUCCACUUCAUCCCUGUCUCUGUCCCACGUGCCCAGCUUACCUGUGUUAAUAACCAGUGAAAAACGGAAGAGGCGCUUUGAAUUGUAGUUACCCAAAUAAUGGGACGGGCGUGGUGAAGGUCAAACUAACCACUACAGCGUAUGUAGGCGCACCCAUUGAGUGACCGAAAAUCGAAAAGUGACACCAUAGGUGCAAUGUUUCAAUACGAUCCACCGCUAGAUCAUGGCGUUGACCGGUUCAUAAAUUAUACUUCAAAAAACACUCGAUAUGGGACUUGUGGUUGUCGCACUUCUGUUUGCUCCAACGAUGCAUUCAAUAUUUCUUUUGCAGUGCAUAUGAAUAACGGCACAACUGGACUCGAGGCUCAGGAGUGCGAUGCCACACUUAUAAAACGGUGCAGGCGUACCAUCACAAGUGAGCAUGAUGAGUUCACGACGAUAGAUACACCUGGAUCUCCAGUUCAAAAAGUGGAUUCAAGCCGCUCCGUUCCUGCAUGUGGUCAAUGUGGCAAGCAGUUCGCCAACGUCUAUCGUCUUCACCGUCACCUAUUGAGCCAUGCAGAGAGCUACGAGCUCCGCAAGUUUCGGUGUUCCGAGUGCAACAAGGCGUUUAAAUUUAAGCAUCAUUUGAAAGAGCAUGAAAGGAUUCACACGGGUGAGAAACCGUUUAUGUGUCAACAAUGCGGGAAACGCUUUAGUCACUCGGGAUCUUACUCCAGUCACACAACGAGUAAAAAAUGUAGUAGCUCUCAGUCCACUCUACCGGCGCAGUUGUGCCCAACGGAUCCGGUCGGGAACCGCACGGAUUCAAACCUGCCUCCGGCCAUUUCACCCAAGAUUAGUGCGCAAUUACAAUCGAAAACCCAAACGAGUCCUACGAACAUACAUCAAUUACAUCACCAUCCCCAACCCGCAGACAGAAGUAUGGGUAGCUCAUUCCCACAUCCUACGACUUCUCAUUCGAGCACGACAGUGAGUGUUUCAGAGAAAAAGCACUCUGAUUUCAAACAUUCUCCCAACUCCGAGGAGGAUGGUGAGGCGUGUAAUCGUCAAACCCACGCCACAUCAACCGCAAUAAUGAACGCUGAACAGUUGGCGGCAUUGCAUGCCUAUCUGCGUGCCAAUUCCCACCCAUCCGUCCAUGAAUUGCACAGUUUGUGUGAGUUGAUGGGAAUGGGACCCAAAGCUGCCUGGUGGUGGAGUUGGUCAUGGUGGUGGCUUUACAAUGUUCGAUCACUCACACAAGCCAAAAGCGUUACAGCGCACGGACCAGUUUCAGCGUCACCCGAACUGCACGUCAAGCAGGUGAACGUCGGUGCGACCUACACCCACAUUCGACCCACAUAUACAUAUCCGUUAGAUUCCGAUACCCUACCGGCCAAAUUAAAUUGUGUUCAAGAUCCACUGGCUGCCUUCACUGCCUUGACAAACUUUCCACUAACACGCUGUGAAACACCCAACGUCAAUCGCUUUGGUUGUCCAGUGCAGGAUAUGGCGCUUGAUCUUUCUGUUCAUGGAAUCCGCUAUGAUACUCGCUUCACUAAACAGACUGCAGUGAAUGAAGCCAACAUCUGUAGAGGGAACCAAGCGUAUCUACACUGGCUCCCGGGCGCUUUAGAAGAGAAGUCUCAACUCCCCACAUCGCCACCCGAUCCGCCAGCCAUACCCACACGGCCACUUAGUCCGAACAUGAUGCAGCCUUUGAAACUAACCACAAAGUCAACUUGUACGUCACCACAAGACAAGAGACAACUAGUGAGCGGGGGCCUAACUGGCGCAACCGAAGAUCGACCCUGGAUGAUGGAGAAUCAUCCCUUUGGGCUCUACAAUUCCCGUUCCGCUCCACUGCUAUUGUGUGAGUCAUCACCACUAACUGAAUAUAGGACGUUCGAAGAAAGAGAAAGUGUCGAAAAAGACAGAGAAGAUACAAAGAUUCUCGAUAAUUGCAGUGAUCGGUCCGAGUGCAAUGGAGCAGCCGAAUGCAGUAGCGGUGUGGGAGGGAGCGACAGCGCCUCAGGCGAACAACUAGUCUGUGGUCAGUGUCACAAAGUGUUUUCCAAACAGAGUUCUCUCUCACGGCACAAGUAUGAACAUACAGGUGAACGGCCCUUCGUUUGUCGUACUUGCAGCAAGGCUUUCAAGCACAAGCAUCACCUGACUGAGCAUCGCCGGUUGCACACCGGGGAGAAACCAUUCGCCUGUCAGCGUUGCGGCAAGAGAUUUAGCCACUCGGGAUCCUACUCUCAGCACAUUAACCAUCGGUACAAGUACUGCGUGCUCCCUCAGCACGAAUGAUGGGUUUGGUCGCCCAAUUCAAGGCCAUUUGCCAACUAUUGAUGUGACGUUCUUGAUCUGACAACUACUCUGAACCCGCUCAACAGGUUCAGCGUCCAAUCGAAGGGAUGCACAGCCGCGUGACAUAAUUGUCCUCCUGAAGACUGUCCGUCCCUUUACUUGAGGGAUCGAUCAGAGGUUAUCGUAUUUUUUCUUUCACCCCCCACUUAUGACCCUCGAUCAAUCGACCCAAAUGGAUUACUCAGACAACGAUUAACAAAUGAGAAUAACAGAAAAUUAUCUGCUAUUUAUCUUCAUUCAGAGCAAACCAGUGAUAUUUCUUGUACAAACUUAUCAGCUUCUGACGAAAAACAAGUAAACCAUACUA